GCAGCAAAUCACUCCACUUGAAUACAUACACCCUCCACCACAUCAUUCUUCUCCAUAUGGCGACUCCAGCCACACCUUGGAAAUUUAUCGGGCUAUUGAGUCACGACGAUACAAGUGCAACCUUCAAGAUAUCCAAUAAUUUGGGGAAUUUUGCCCUCAAAAUUAUUCUACCCGACCAAAAUGGAGAUUUCUCAAGAAUUUUACAAUGCCCAAUUAUGUUCGGAACAACACACCAAAACCUGACCACAAUUGAGGAAGCUUUCCUCCACACCUGGGAGAUUUCCGAGUUGCAAGGAAUAUUCGACCUUGUAACGGAUACCUUCACCAAAACCAAAUUAAAUUACUUCAUCGGAACCAUGAAAUUUAAAGAUAUCCACCAAAUUCAGACCGUAUGUGUCCGCACAGAGUUAUCUGGCCCCUCCUUGAGAACCUGGUUGAAUAAAAAUGCUUCUGCAAACCUCACCCCAGAAAUUCUAGCCGUACAAGAAAAAAUUAUUCAAAACAUCAUUUCCGGAAUUACGAUCCUCCACAAGAAUAACAUCGUUCACGGUCACCUUUACCCGGAAAAUAUAUUUUUUACGUACUCUGACAAAGAUGAAUUUAUCUUUCCCAUUAAAUUAGGCUGCUUUGACACAAUAACAAAUUUGAAACCAGAUUCUGUCUUACCCUUUCACUUUGGAAGAUGCGACCGUCAUCUAUAUUAUCACCCGGGGGAAAACACGACCUCGAAUAAUUCCACCCAAAAUGACGACAUUUACGCGGUUGGCCUAAUUUUAUACGAAAUCAUGGAACUAAUUCCAUAUUUUGAUAGAAAAUCAAGAUUCGAAAAUUUCAAAAUAAACAAGACAUCUUCCAUCGUUGAGAAUCACUCGGUUGUAAGCAGCCUUAGAAAUGGCUGUGAUGAAAAGGAUAAUACCCAAAAUUUGAAAGAUUUUGACGAAAUUAUUACCAAGGUGACAGAAGUCUUUGGUAAAAAGGAUGAUAUUGUUAAAUCUGUUACCACAUCGAUUCAAAAAUUGGAUAUUGCUGAUAAAAAUGAAACCUCUAAUGUAACAAGUACGACAACGUCAACUGUAAAACCACCGGAAAUCAAAGUUGUCAAUGUGGCCCAGGAGAAACUAGAUUUUCUAGAACAACUCAUACUCAAGUAUACAGGGGAGGAACGUUACGACAUUGCUGCCGCACUUUGUGAAGAUUCUCUCCAAAUUAAGGAAAACACAUUGCCAAUAAAUCAACCAAAAAUUGUCAAGCAGUUAGAAAGCUUAGUGCUUUUAUACGAAAAAAUGAAAAACAGCGAUAAGAUCGAAACAUAUUUGAAGCGAAUCCUUGAAAUCAACGAAUCAGACCAAAAUUGCUCGAAGGAGACUUUGUCAAGACACAAAUGGCAAUUAGCCUUACACUAUUUCGACAAUGGUAAGAGUUCAGAAGCCUCUACUUUAUUUAAAAACUUGCUCGACAUGGCACAAGAAAAUGCUUAUGGCCUAAUCAAUGACGAUUUGAACAAACCAGUCUGGAAAGUAGCCGAGGAGAUGGAAAACAUUUCGGAAAAUGUUGAAAGCAGUAUUACUUCGGAACUAGCCAGAUUUGAAAAUCUGAUCAACUGUGGGUGGGAUUUUUAUUUGUCAAGAACCGCAUCAAAUUUGGCACGGAUUUAUACCUUAAAUGGGAAAAAUAAUGCUGCAAAAUUUUUAAUCGCCUUGGACAAACAGAUGGACGCAAAAAACAAAAAAAUCCAAACGGUCAACCAGCUAACGAACUUACUACGAUAGUGGUGUAUGGUGGAUAUACAUAAUCCCUCCUCCAAAUGGGGGCCGUUCACAGAACACGUCGCUAGAAACGGGGAAAAUGGGGCAUGCACAGAUGAUGUUGUGAAUCACCACCUGUGAUAGAAGAGGACGACGCCCUUAUAUAGUAUAUUUAGUAUACAGACCACGUGGCAUGCAUAUAUGUAUAUAGUAUAGUAUAGUGUUUACAUCAUGAGACAUGGAUAUACGUAUAUGUAUUUAUAUAGACGUCGGAUGACGGUAUAUGGUAUAUGUGUAUGUAUAUAUGCUUCUAUGUGAAUAAUACAUAUCUAAAUCAGGUCCCGAUCUUGACAAAAACCUUACCUGUGCAAGGAAAUUAGGCAUGCAUCAAACCCUUCCUACACAAAUUUUAACAUGAACCAAACCCUUCCUUCACCGCCCGGAGUGAGGGUCAAAAUCCUCCCAAAGUAGGCAACACAUUUACAUAACGCAUGCAUUCCUAAGCUGGCUGGUUAUUUUAAUAAAAAAAGUCAAGGAAACUCACUACAUCCUCUCAAACUUCUACAUACAUAUUUAGUAACAAAAUAACCUCAGACACGAGUGGAAUUUUGGUUCAGCCAACUCCCAAGAAUUUUCCCCCAUUUGCAAAUUUUACCUCAACAGAUUCCCUACAACAAAAUCCAAAUGGACUUAACCCCAAAGAACGAAUGUCCCACGUGCUCAAAAACCUUCAAGAUCAAGAAGUACUUAAAUCGCCACGUCGUCACGCACGAUCCCGAUGCAAAGAUUAAGUGCAAAAUGUGUGGGAAAAUUUUGAAAAACCUGACCACCUUAUCUCUCCACCGAAGAAUGCUUCACAGCAAUCGGGAACGUCCCAAAUGCGACGUUUGCCAUCGGACGUUUUUCGAUCCUCCCACGUUACGAAGACAUCAGGACGCCAUGCACAAAUCGGGGGAACGGUCUCGUUUGCCAUGCACAUUUCCUGCCUGUGAAAAAACGUACCUGGUCAAAAGCGAUCUUUCACGACACUUAAAACGUGACCACUCCGAAAAUCCUGGCAAAUUUUCGUGCAUACUUUGUGGAAAACAAUUUAAAUUCAGAACUAACCUCCAACUUCACAUUUCCACCCACACGACCGAAAAGCCCUUCCAGUGUGCAACUUGUGGGAGGAGUUUUGCACGAAUGCAGGACUUGAAACGACACGAGGAUUCUAAAUUAAACUCGAGCUGACAUGGGCCCCGUUGAAAGUGUAGCGACGACGAUCUGGAAUUCAUCGGAGCUGCAACCAAGACAGCCGUCCCCUCCCCCAGUGGUCGUUGCACCCCCUCCAGAUUCUGACUAUGACGACCUUGACGAUGAAGGAGGACCCCAAUUGCUCCCAAUUUUACGGCACAACAACGGGAUAACAUCGAGGGACAUAAAAAAUCUUAAAGCCGCCGGUUUUCGUACGGUCGAGUCGGUCGCGUACAGUGCGAAAAACACGCUCCUCUCCGUCCCAGGGGUGACUCUCGCUAAGGCGGAGAAAUUUCUGCGCGAGGCCGCAAAACUUGUCCCGAUGGGAAUCUGCACUGCGGACGAAGUUCUGUCCAAACGCGGCGAGCUUAUCAGGCUUACGACCGGCUCGAAAAAGUUGGAUAAGCUGCUCGACGGCGGGGUUGAGACGGGAUUCGUCACCGAACUCUUUGGAGAAUUUAGCACCGGAAAAAGCCAGAUUUGUCACAUGCUCGCCGUCACGUGUCAGUUACCAUUGGACGUUGGCGGUGGGGAUGGAAAAUGCUUGUACAUUGAUACGGAUGGAUCCUUCCGUCCCGAGCGAGUGGUCGCCAUUUCUGACCGCUAUGGUUUGCGCAGCUCGGAAGUCUUGACCAAUGUGGCGUACGCUCGAGCAUACAAUACGGAUCAUCAGAUGAAACUCUUGACCAUGGCGGAAGACUUGUUCUCCAAGUCUCGCUUCUCUCGUAACAGAUUCUGCUUGCUGAUCGUGGACAGUGCGACGUCCCUGUACAGAACUGAUUACUCGGGUCGUGACGAGGUUUCCGCUCGACAACAACAUUUGGCCCAAUUUUUAAGGAAACUUAACUUCCUGUGUGAUGUGUUUGGUGUUGCUGUAGUCAUCACGAAUCAGGUCAUCGGCGAUCAGUGUGACGCGGGAGGAGGUUUACAAGGUGAACCGAUGAAACCAAUCGGUGGGCAUAUUGUUGGACACGCGGUCACUACAAGAUUGUUCCUUCGAAAAGGAAAAGGAGUAAAUCGACUCUGUAAAAUUUAUGGGUCGCCCUGCCUGCCACAAGCGGAGUGCACUUUUUCCAUCAAUUCCGACGGGAUUGGAGAUGCCAAGGAGUAACUGGGGUCAUCCGAGAGUCCACCCACUAUUCAGAAAUUUUGUCGUAUUCCAUAUUUAUUUGAUUAUUUAAUGACUCUGAAAAUGCAUUAAUUUAUGAUUCACUUUGAUUUUUUGUUCAAUUUGCUUAACAUAUAAUAAAUCCAUUCAUGCAUA